CCAUCUUCUGUGGGACAGCCUCGCUAUGUCCCGUUGGACACGCCCCUUGUAUAAUAAGACUUGUCUUCAAACUUUGCUCAGACAAACCAGAAGGAUUUUAUCUUUGAUGCCUACAAGAAUCACACUGGAGGAUUAUGACAGAAGAAAGGGACAAAUGGGGCUCUGCUGAAGAGCACAGGCGGGACAAACAGGAUCCUGAGGAGGGGGUUCAGCCCAGGGGAAAAUGGGCCAACAAUAUGGAGUUUAUUCUCUCCAUGGCUGGAGAAAUAAUUGGCCUUGGAAAUGUUUGGCGCUUUCCCUAUCUGUGCUAUAAGAAUGGAGGAGGGGUCUUUCUCAUCCCCUACUGUGUGUUCCUUUUCUGCUGUGGCAUCCCUGUGUUUUUUCUGGAGACUGCGUUGGGCCAGUACACCAGUGAGGGUGGGGUGACCGCCUGGAGGAAAAUAUGUCCCAUGUUCGAGGGUUUGGGGAUUGCGUCCCAGGUGAUUGUGAUCUAUUUGAACAUCUAUUACAUUGUGGUUUUGGCUUGGGCUAUCUUCUACCUAAUAAACUCUUUCAAUAUCCCCCUGCCUUGGUCUUCAUGUGCAAACUCCUGGAACACUGAUUUUUGCUUUAGUCGACCGGGCUUGUUUGCCAACCCUGAGCUUUUUGAUAAAGAUUACAACUGGUCGUUUCUGCACAACAUCUCCUCAAAUGGCUACGAAGACAACUUUGGUAACUUCAGUGAAACUUUUUUGAAAUACAGCUCCCCAGAGGAGGAGUUCUGGGAAAACCGUGUGUUGAGAAUGUCACAUGACAAUGGUUUGGGUAAUGUGCACUGGGAGCUGGCUCUGUGUCUCCUGUUUGCGUGGGUGAUAUGUUACUUCUGCAUCUGGAAGGGAAUCAAAACCACUGGAAAGGUUGUGUACUUCACUGCUACAUUCCCAUACCUGAUGCUGUUCAUCCUGUUUAUCCGUGGAGUGACACUCCCAGGAGCAGGAGACGGCCUCAAGUAUUACCUCAAACCUGACUUCAGCAAGCUCACUGAUCCUGAUGUGUGGCGUGACGCAGGGACGCAGGUCUUCUUUUCCUACGCUGUGUGUCAAGGAGUCCUGACGGCUCUGGGAAGCUACAACAAGUACAACAAUAACUGUUACAAGGAUUGCUUGGUGCUGUGUUGUCUGAAUAGCGCAACUAGUAUCUUUGCUGGCUUCGUCAUCUUUUCCAUAAUUGGAUUCAUGGCUCACGACCUCAACGUUCCCAUAAGCAACGUUACAGCCAGCGGUCCAGGUUUGGCCUUCAUCGUCUAUCCCAGGGCUCUGUCGUUGCUUCCCGGUUCACCUUUCUGGGCCGUGCUCUUCUUCCUGAUGAUUCUCUUCCUGGGUCUCGACAGUCAGUUUGUGUGUGUGGAGAGCCUGGCCACAGCCAUCACAGACCUGUUCCCAAGCCGUCUGAGAAGACCAGGCGCCAGGGAGAUCCUGGUCCUGGUCAUUGCAGUUACUUGCUUCCUGUUGGGGCUGCCAUUUGUUACAGAGGGAGGGAUAGGUCUGUUCCGUAUUGUCGACACCUUUGGUCCUAGUGGAACCAGCCUCCUCCUCAUUGCUUGUGCAGAGACCCUUGUUGUUUCCUGGAUUUAUGGCGCGGAUCGUUUCUAUGACAACAUUGAGGAUAUGAUUGGGUACAGACCGUCCCCUGUUCUAAAGUACUGCUGGAUGUUUGUGACCCCACUCAUAUGUGUGGUUACAAUGCUGUAUAACUUGUCAAAAGACAGCCCACUGAGUGUGCACGAUGAACUGUUUGGAUCGUCGGCUUCUACAAUAGCUGUUCUACUAAUUGCCACUCCACUGAUAUGCAGUCUUGCGUAUAUUUUCAUCACUCUGUGCAGGGAUCCAUACAACAUGACCACACCAUCUAAAGACCUGCGACAGGUUUCCCCCGAUAAGCCGGUUCUGACGAUGUGCAAUCUGGUCAUCUUUCAAGCACAACGGGAGCCAAACAGAAAUCUGGAGUAAAGAAACAUGAAGACGGCGGAGGAAUUGACAAAGUUUGGCAUUAAGUGAUGAUAAUAAGUCUGUAUUUCAUAAUAAAAUAUUGCCAAUAUUUUAUUAAUGUGCAAACAGUUGAGGGAGACUUGUCUGUUAUCUAAAUGAAACAUUUACCUUAUGUUUUACCUUUUACCAUUUACCUUAAAUUAACUAAAAAGUUUUUUAUGACAUUUAUUAUAUACAAUUAAAGGGCAUAUAUAAUAAUUCUCACAAUGUUUUCUAGUCAAGUGAAUUCAACCUGACUAGUUAUAUUAAUCUGCAAUGAUCUGGUGACCUGUCCAGCAUGUAUCCCGACCCUCACCCAAAUUAAAAUUUAUGAGACUUGAUUUUGAUAUUUUUUUUUUUUGGUAAAACCCAAAAAGAGGAUUUCUGACUAUUUUAUCCAUCAUCUCAACGUUCGAUUGAGACAGGUGUGAAGACCACAAUAUGUGGAUUAGACUUGGACUGAGAUGUUCUACGAUGAUUAGAGUGCACAGUGCCAAAUUUACCAUUUGGAACUGUUACCCCCUAAAUUUAGGUAGAAUUUCAGAGCAUAACACAUUCCAUCACGAGGUUCUGGGAGUUUUUAGCCAAAUCGAAUAUAGCAUCAUGUGGAGUGGAGUACUAAAGUGCAGACAGACAGAUAGGAGGUACAACGGCCAGAGUGCUAAGUUCCCAUUCCGUCCAAAAUUAAUAACUGGACAACAAACUGAACCAACAAAGAGUAUUGGAACCAGAAGGGGGACAAAUACUGUGGAAACGGGAUUAAUAGAACAACAACAAACAAAAAAAAAACAGGUGUGAGACUAACAAGCAGAGUGGGAGCAGCUUAGUGAGGAAACCAGCAAAUUGCGUCAAUGAAAUGGAAUUGAGAGCGAAACAGGAAGUUAACACAAAGACCAGAAACUUGGCAAUCUCCAUACAGAACACAACUUAACAUAAGAGAGCUUCAAAAACAACAAAUAAAUGACUAACGAGCCAUUAAUUACAUCCAGUUUUUAUGGAGAAGGGCUGCAUCUAAGAACUGCAGGAUGUUUGUCCUGAAGGGCUGGACUUGGGGAUUGUUUGUCUGGACAUUUGGAGAAUACAGGAAAUUGACUUCUGAAGUAGAAAACAGUCAGUAGUGGUUUAUGCACACACAUACAGUACAUACAUAAGCAUUUGUACCCUUGCCUAAAUGAUACUCUUGUACAAUGAGAUCCUUUGUAACAUUUCUGCAAACUAAAGAACGCAAAUUUGUGAAAACACAGACAGACGAACUUAACUUCAGGAUCAUCUUUUUCCUGAUGAUAUGUGAACAAAUGAAAGCUAAAAUUUAAAGCUUCCUCAACAAAGUAUUAGUAUUUUCACAGUUAUGCAACCAUGAUAUUAUUGCACCCAUCUAUUAUUUUUUUUAGAUUUCUCACUAAAUAGAUUUAUUCAUUAUUUAGUUAAACUGUGCAGUAAAAUGUUGCAGGUAAUGGCCAAAAAGUUUUCAAAUUUAUCCUGGUGUCUUUUGUUUUACCUCAUAAAACACAGCAUUUUAACAGCGCGUGAAAACUGCUCAGUCACUCUGUGUUGCCGUUCGUGUUUACACUUAAUGCAGAUAAUUGUAAUUAACUUUAUAAACUCUAUUAAAAGAAUCAAUAAGUCCAA